GUAUACAGUACACAAAGUUCUGUAAGAUAAUAGUUCUUUCAUUCUUUCCCUUACAUUAGAUAUAAUUAACUAUCAUUAUAUUGCAUUUUCGGAUAUAUUAUCAUCAUGUUUCUAAAUCGAUAAUAUGAGGAGGUAGCUAUCUGAUAUAAAACCCCUGGCCUACAAAAGUUUAUAUUUUAUGAUAUCUCCAUCUUCUAUCUUAUCAGUGGUAUUGAUUUUUUACAUGAUCGGUAUUUCAGUUUCUGUAAUAAACUUUUCUAUGAUGUUAGAUCUAUUCUACAGUUGGUUUAUGGUAUUAUCUACGUCUAAAUAUCAACAUAUAGUUCAUCAACACGUUAUUUUUCUAUGGUAUUAUUCGUUCAUGGUUCGAAUACCACAAGACCAUGUGAAUAGUAGUUAAGGUUAUAUAUUAUAAUGUAUUAUAUUGUACAGAUCUUCACUAUUUCUGAAUAUAUUUAACUACUUGUAAAAAGGAUUUGUAAAAUUCUUGAUAAAAAAAAUAUAAUAUCAGUAAAACAUCCAGUAUGAAGUUCAAUUCUCAUUCAACAAAAUCCUGUUCUGCACGAAUUGGUACUUUGUCAGAAUUCCAAAGGAAUCCUGAUCUUACUUUUGAAACUCCUCUUGCUCUGGUAUAUACGAAGGGAGGUAGUGUUCCGCACUUAACUAAGGAUGUCUUCCAAAUGAUUACUACAGAUCCACAGUUGUUAUCUGUUUCUCUUACUUCUACGCUUUCUAUGUUAGAGUCAAUAAAAUACUGUAAUGUUAAUUUUGCAGAGUUUGUUGGCAUGAAGGAGUACUUAAAUUUUCUUACAUUUCAUGAUCCAUGUUAUGCUAUCCCAUCAGGUUAUCAUCAAACUGAUUUUAUUCCUUUAUGGACAAGAAAUGGAAAGUAUAUGUUAACACCUAAUAAAUAUAUGGAUAUUAUAGAAGCAUUUAAACCAGACAUGUAUGUGGCUUUACAUGAUGGAGAUACCAAUGUGAAUAGUAGUAAAAAGCGGGUAUCAAAAGCUGUACAACGUACUGGAACAUUUUUUGAACAAUGUCUAGCUAGGCAUUUAGCUUCUGAUGCUUUGAAGUCUUCAGAAAUAUUGGGAGCGAUUGAAGGUGGUUAUGAUAUAGAAGCUAGGACAUUGUCCAUAAAUUUGUUAAAAGACAAGCCUGUAAUAGGAUAUAUAAUUGAUGGACUUCAUAAUAAUGGACCAGAUGUAAGAAAUAUAUCAACAGACCAAAUUAAACAAGUGGUGGCACAUACAGCUAACCUCUUGCCUCCUGAGAAAUUAAAAGUAUCAACAGGCUGCUGGAAUCCUCUUGUUGUGCUUGACCUUGUUGAAUUAGGUGUGGAUAUAUUUGAUACAUCGUAUCCUUAUAUAGCUACUGAAAAUAGUGAAGCUUUAACUUUUUUAUGUGAUCAUAAUGUUUGCAACAAUAUAGAAUGUGUGAUAUCAUUUACAGAAGACAGGUAUAGAGAAGAUUUUUCUCCUAUAUGCUCUCAAUGUGAAUGUCUUGCAUGUAAAAAUCAUACCAGAGCAUAUUUACAUCAUUUAUGUCAUACUAGGGAAAUGCUUUCUAUGGUACUCUUGAUGAUACACAAUGUACACCAGUACCUUGAAUUUUUCAAGCUUAUACGGGAAAGUAUAAAGAAUGACACUCUACAGCAAUUCAGAAAGAAAAUCAAUUUGAAAUAUAAGCAGGCUAAUAAUAGUUAAUCAAAUGGGUCUACAGGUAUAGGAAAUAUAUAGUGUACACAAAUACCAAAUUGUAAAAAAGUAUUAAUAGUUUAAUAUUAAAUUAUUUUUACAUACUGGUUUUGUAAUGAAA